CACCCUGGGUUUCCGAGCAUCUUUGCACACAGCCGGGAAGUAGAGCGCAAAGCCACAGCACAGAGAAGAUGGCUCUGUCCCAGAGCGACCGUGCGCUGGUUCUCGCGCUAUGGAAGAAGAUGAGCAGCAACGUUGGAAUCUACGCGACCGAGGCCUUGGAGAGGACCUUCGUGGCUUUCCCCUCCACCAAAACCUACUUCCCGCACAUGGACCUGAGUCCCGGCUCUAGCCAGGUUAAAGCCCAUGGCCAAAAGGUGGCCGGUGCACUGACUCUCGCUGCCCACCACCUGGACGACCUGCCUGGUUCUCUGUCAGCUCUCAGCGAUCUGCAUGCUCACAAGCUCCGUGUGGAACCCGCUAACUUUCAGUUCUUCAACCACUGUCUGCUGGUGACUCUUGCCCGGCAUUAUCCUGGAGACUUCAGCCCAAAGAUGCACGCCUCUCUGGACAAGUUUCUGGGCCUUGUGACUUCGGCACUGGUCUCCAAAUAUCGCUGAGGAUGUAUCCUAAGACAGAAGCUGGUGGAUUUCUGCAAGUUCAAGACUAGCAUAUUCUACAAAGACAACACCAGGGCAGCGGGGGCUCGUGAUGAGGCUUUGCCUCAAAAUUAAAAAUAAAGAAAUCAACAAAUAAGGCUAAAGUGAUGGGUUAGAAAUUGUGAAAUGUUCUGUUCUUACCCAGGACCCAGGCAUUUCUCAGGCAGCUCUCAAGAGCCUGAAAGUCUAGCUGGAGUGAGGAUGGAUACCUCUGGCUUCCAUGGACACUUCACACAGGGGUACAGAAAUAUAUACA